AUGCUCUUCAUUUUCAGAUUUGUUUUAUUCUGUUUAACAUUUUGCAGCUUUGUUAUCGCAAGGAGUGUUGCGGAUAUGGUAGAUAUUUCGCGGAGGCAUGAUUCGACCUGUGAUGACGAACUUGAGCCAUAUCCUAAGUGUCCAAAGGCUACUUUCACUCAAUGGAAAUAUUCGAACAUACCAAAAUCUCAAAUCAGUAUAACUGAUGUAGAAAGUGUUAGUAAUGGUGCUUAUAAAGUUACCGUGCAUUUUAAGACUGAAAAGAGUAUGCCUUUAAGUUCAUUGAGCGAGUUGAAGAUAAUGACGCCAGUAAAUAGCUUCUUGUUUUCUAGAAAUGCAAAUGUGCAAUUGAUUACCAACCCUGGAGAUUUUACUUACACAUUCACUGUUAAUGCCAUCAACCUGAUAGACGGUACGAAAGAUGAAUUGUGCAUUCCUGCUGUGUCGUUUCAAUUUGACUGGUGCCUGGUUGGAGUUAAAGAUAAAUCUGAAUGUAAGUCAUGGAAAUAUGACAACUCUUACGCUAUAUACACUGGCUGUCAAGAUACCAUUCAUAAAAGUGAUUCUUUGUAUUGCUUCCAGAAGAAGCAGUGUUCCUCGUCCAGUUCAGUGACUCCAUCUAGUUCUAACCCACCAUCAAGUUCAGAGCCUCCAUCUAGUUCUGAACCACCAUCCAGCUCGGAACCUCCAUCUA